AUGUCAGAGAUAUUUAGCCUCUAUUUCGAUUUAAUUUCCAAGGAUUCCCCUUGGAAUUCUCAUCAUCACGUCGAUCUUUUGCUUAGAUUGAGGAAUCUCGUAGACAGAAAUACCAACAACAGCAACAACACCAAUACAAAAUCAGCGGAGAUAUUGAAUUUCUUCAGUAAAUACAACGCGCAAUUCAAAUCAGCUACAAAUGACGCCGUUGAUGCGAAUGCUAUACACAGGCUUAUCAAAUGUCGCGACACCUACUGCACCCCCUACGUUCACUCCAGCUUAGAAGAUCAAUCGCCAUCCUCUCUAAUGACCCGCAUUGAGUCUGCUGCUAAAGAAUUAGGACUCGAAGCCUUCCAGGAUCAUUCAACACACGCUCAAUUCACUGUUCAUACAGUCACUAUAGCUGGAACUAUCUUAGUAAUAGAUGUUGAUCUUACCAGCUCACCCAACCAGCAACCUUCACUUACCCGACUCCAAACAUCCUACGCUACCAACUCAAACAGCGCCCUUGAACCAAUUGAUAAGCUCUUGAUCAAUGACUUGAACGAUUUCGUAGCACCGAAAAGCGAUUUAAGUAGUACUGAAUCAACCCCUCUCAGAAGCGAACGUGCUUUUCAAAGAUUUAAGCGUAAUCUACAUCAGCUAGUCUUGCUUGACAAGCUCAGUCAAAAAUUAGGCAACGAGAAUGACCUUUUCGUGAGCUUUGAAGCGCUUAUUAAGGCUUUCGUCGAUUUGUGUUCUGCAGAAAACUCGUGA